ACUCACCACUAAUUGCCACUCACAACAGACGCGUACACAAAUGGAACAAAACGACAACAAACAAAAUAAAAAAGAAGUAAAAAGCAUAAAAGAUGAAUGCGAGGAGGACAACGACGAUGAUGAAGUGUUUCACUUUGAAUCGGAGCACUUGGCGCUGCGUGGAAACCAAAGCUAUACCAAUUUACUGCGUACAAUAGCCAUGCUGCAGGCACAGAGAAUUCGGGUACAUCAACAAAUCGAUGAUCUGGAGAAGAUGCGAGAUUUGUACCUCGCCAAUCCUCAACUAUUGUUAGAGAAGUUGGCCAACAAUGAGCCUUUAAUUGCGCCCAAUUAUAUGAGUGUUGUGAGCUUGCCCGAGUUACCCUGCUUAACAGUACCUGAAGAUGUCAAAAUGGAUGCAACGAAAGCAAAUCAAUCAACACUUGAACCAGACAAGGACAAUAAAAAUGGCAAGGCAAAGACAUUUUUGUGGACGAACGAAGAGCAACGUCGACUGGAGCAGUUGCUCAUCGAGUAUCCGCCAGAGGAGGUGGAAAUGCGACGCUUUGGAAAAAUUGCCAAAGCGCUGGGAAAUCGAACGGCUCAACAGGUUUUCAGUCGUGUUCAAAAGUACUUUCAGAAACUCCAUGAUGCCGGACUGCCAGUUCCAGGUCGUCUUCCCAAAUAUCGACGAGCGGGAGGUGUUUCCCUGCGUAAAUUCAAUGUACGCCGUUCCACAUUCUUUCCGCAACAGAAUAUCGAAUUUCACAUGCCUGAGGAUGAUUACAUAUUCGAUGAUCUAACGCCAGUGGCACCGCCACCUCCACCGCCUCCAAUUAAGGUCGAAUUGAAGCAGGAACCCGAUGCUGUUGACACAGACGAACGGCGCAAAAAGCUAUUGCAGUUGAAAAUCUUAACAGCGGUACAGGAGGAAAAGUUAAAAAUCGAGGAUGGUUAUAGUCCCGAUCCUCUGGCCCCCAGAUGCGCUGAGUGUGAGGAGUCUGCGGUGACAAGGGAUCGCUGGCGUUGCAAUAGUUGCUAUUGUUUCAUUAGUUUAUGCGGUGAUUGCCUGGCAGAUCAAUUAAUUACAGAACGAUUUGAGCAUAUGACACAUGAUGUAGUUAUAGAUCAAGAAUCAUGACACUGAUCAGCCAUUAUAAAUAUGAAUAUAUACAACUAUUUUAAAUUUAAUUUUUAUUAAAAUACACUCUGAUCUACAAAAUGUAUUAGAUUUAAUGAACUACUCCGAUGUAAGAUAUCAUAAAGAAUACCCGUAAGGUGACAGUGACUGACAAACACAAAUGGGCCAGCAUCUAUGCAUACGAGCUACUUCACCAUAAGGACAAGGGUGGUUAUAACAUCGAAUAUCAUCUUAAAUCAGAGGAUUUAAUUAUUUAUAUAAUCCAUGAAUGUGAUCAAAAACUUACCGCCUUGAUAUGCAAAAGCAAAGCUCAUCAAAAAGCAAAUCAACAUCAGUAGAGCAAUAUAAUUCAUCAUUGGAAAAGUUACGAUGUGAUGAACUGAAAUUGAAUCGAAUGAGGAGCGCUUUAUAUAAAAGAAAUCAACUCGCUUAUCGGGAUAACAAUAAGUUUGUGAUGAGUCUUGGAAAAACCAGAAGCUGGGAGAGUUUUAAGAUUAUAGUACUUUAAAUUUCCUAGAAGUAAAGUUAAGUUCGCUUAGAUAGAUCUGUUGAAUGUAUUUCCUAUUUAUUUUUAAAACCGCUGUAAGAUGUGUUAAAAAAAAUAAUAAUAUUUAUUUGAAUUUAUACCCAAUCUGACAUAGUCAAGAUUUAAAGAUCAGUAAACUUAGGAGCUUCACAAAUAGAAAAUGAUCAGUUUAUAACAAAAAUAUUUGGCGUAAUCUACACGUAUUUUUAACAAGAAUAAUUAAAAACUAAAUAAAAAAUUUAACUAAAUGACUCGAACGGCUUUAAUC